GGGGCACUUUCGCGUUUUCGGGGGGCCCAUGUCGUCUAUCCUGGCCUUUGGUCUCCAGAAGAACUCACUUGUCCAUUGACUCAUCGCCCUACCCAGGCUUUUUUAACCUUUCUUUGGAAACUUUUCUUCCUUUCUUCCUUUCUUUAUCUCCAUUCCCCUCUACCUACUUCGUUUCCUCCCCUACUCCCUGGCCGUUCAUCCUGUCUUUCCUUUAGUCCUCCCCUGUGUCCCUGGGCGUGUGGCGUAACGCAGGAUAGUAGGGUGCCAAAAAAACUAAACCCAUUCAGCGAAAUCGGCAGGAUAUCCCUCGCGUCUUUUUCUGUGAAUAUUACCGGAAAAGAAAGAGAACGAACUAAAGUCAAUUGGUUUUCGGAUCAACAGCGCCGUGCGCAAUGGUUCUCUCUACUCGUUGCGGGCAGGCCACGGCCUCGCUUUUGCGUCAGCGUUGUCUGGCCGAAUCUCGCCGUUCCACACUUGCUCUGCGUCCAUUCUCCUCUCAAACUACUGCCCAUUCGACGGCAUCGAGUCUGCGAUUGCAGCAGAAGACGCCUUCACCAUGGCGACCGCAGCAGCUCCGCUCCUUCUCUAGUGCAAUUACCCGCUUGGCGUCGGAGUCGACAAAUGCCCCCUCCGCUGAAAGCUAUCUUGCUAGUGGAGUCGUACAGCCAGGUCGCAACCUGGUCGACGUGAAGAAGGUACUUGUGAUCGGUAGUGGCGGUCUGAGUAUCGGACAGGCCGGAGAGUUUGACUAUUCUGGUAAGUCGCAAAGUCUAGUAUAUAUAUUUCUCCACACAGCCUAGUUUGGUCUUCAACCCAGUUUACCAAUUGGGACAACCACUGCGUCCGUGCAAAUGAACAUCCUAUGUUGGUGUGACGUGGUUUGUAUUAAGUGAAAGGAAGUGAGCGCAGUGGGGACAACAAUUGGGUCGAGGCGACUGCACUAUCAUGUCUGAAUAAUAGAAGCUAAUGCUGGCUUUCGAAUGGUAUAGGAUCCCAGGCUCUGAAGGCUCU